UGAUUAAACUUUUGCUUUAGCUAGCAAGUGUUCUUGAGGAAAGAUGCAGCCCAUCUUCAAUGCGAUCAUUCAGAACGACAUUCCAGCUUUUCUGGGGUUGGUGGAAGAGAAAGAAUCGUGGCUGGAGGAGAGAAACGUGGACCAAGACAACAGCACGGUGUUGCACAUGGCUGCGAAGCAUGGGCAUGGAGAACUUGUCUCCAAGAUUAUUGAGCUCAAACCUUCCCUCAUCUUUUCCCGCAACGCACACGGAAACACACCGUUGCAUCUCGCUGCUCUCCUCGGAGACGUGAACACAGUUAGGACGUUGUUAGAGUUUGGAUCGGAAACGUGUUCCGCACGGAACAACAACUGCCAAACACCCCUCCAUUUAGUUUGCCGCAGCAUUUCCACGGAGUCUGCCAGAUUAUUUGCGGAAAAGACACAUUCUGUCAGCCUCGAUGAACUCAAAUUUUCCAUAUCAAGUGGAUCAACAUUUGUUACAAGGAUAGUGCUGGAGAGAUUCCCAUACCUAGCUAGGGAAUUAGCGUGGGUGGUGGAAGACUCGCUAACGACGCUAUUGCAUCACGCGUGUGAUAGAGGAAACCUUGAACUGAUAAGUAUAUUACUAGGGCUCGAUCAAGGAUUAGAAAAAGCUCGUAACACCAAUGGUUUAUCGCCUUUGCAUCUGGCGGUCCUGAGAGGCCCGGUUGUUGUCCUAGAAGAGUUCCUGGAAAAGGCUCCAUUGUCCUUCAGCUCUCUCACGCGAUCGAAGGAGACUGUCUUUCAUCUCGCUGCACGAAACAAAAACGUAGAUGCCUUCAUUUUCAUGGCAGAGAGACUGAGCAUUAACAACCAAAAACUUAUGCGGGAAGUAGAUGUUAAUGGUAAUACGGUCUUACAUAUCGCGGUUUCCAUGUCUUGUGGUGCUCGGCUGCUACGAUACAUUGUUGGUAAGAAGAUAAUAGAUAUCAACUAUAAGAACAAUAUGGGUUUUACAGCUUUCGACCUUCUCACUCAAGAAGGCGAAGACUUUGAGUUAUUAUCAACAUCAACCUUGCUGAGGUUGGAUACCAAGCUGGAUUCUGAUCAGACCAUUGAAAAACAAGAUGAGCACUCUAAUCCAUACAAUAAACGAUCUCAAGAAGGCGUUGAAUCUUUAGAUAUCCCUGGAAGCUCAAAAGAGAACGAGGUAAUACGGUUGCUUAGGUUAAUCGAAACGAACACAUCUAAUAUAGCACAUAUAAAACGAAACAAGAAAGGGGCAGUUGAAAGAGGUCGUAGAAGCUUGGAACGUGAGAUGCAUAUAGAAGCAUUACAAAAUGCAAGAAAUACGAUUGCUAUAGUGGCAGUUCUGAUUGCUUCAGUUUCUUAUGCGGGUGGGAUUAACCCUCCAGGCGGCGUCUACGAUGAUGGGCCAUGGAGAGGAAAAUCGAUGGCAGGCAACACGGCAGCGUUUAAAGUCUUUGCAAUAUGCAACAACAUCGCGCUGUUCACUUCAUUGUGCAUCGUUAUUCUUCUCGUUAGCAUUAUACCUUACAAGAGGAAACCCUUGAAGAGAUUACUGGUGGCCACGCACAGGAUGAUGUGGGUUUCUGUAGGGUUCAUGGCAACUGCUUAUGUUGCAGCGUCUUGGGUGACCAUACCACAUUUUCAUCAAACAAAAUGGUUAUUUCCCGCCAUUGUUUCCGUUGCUGGUGGAUCUUUGGUGGUACUCUUUUCCUAUCUUGGAGUUGAGACCAUUGGUCAUUGGUUUAAAAAGAUGAACCGUGUAAGAGAUAUACCUCCCAUUGCAAGUACCAGCCCAGAUCAUCCCAAUGUGCCUUCCUUUGCAAGGACCAACUCUGAUUUAGCCGCCUCGGAAAAGUCGGGCUAUUUCACCUAUUGAAUCUUUGGGAACUUCCCACCACCUAUGAUCAAGACCGGUCAGAGAAGGACUGACAGAGAACGGAAGCGCUGCUUAAGUAAUUUGAUGUAGCAUACAUCUCCUAUUACAAGCUGGCUUUGCUUUAUGUUUUCAUUUUCACUUAAUUUCCUUUUCUUAAUUGGCUUUUUACUUAUUUGUCUUACUUCUUUUAGGAUUAUAAGUCUCGUACUAGAUUUUGAUUCGCGCUUCAAAAGUACGGGU